AUUCGCUCCGACAAUCUCUUAGAAGCAUCCAUCCUGAGACGUCACAACUCAAGGACAGGCAGUCUAUGAGGCGAAGCUAUGGACAAACUUUACCGACCGAUAUAUUAUCAUAAAAACGCUCGCGUGGAAGCUACCAUCUUAUUCACUUUCGCUUUCAAGCCAUUCGUCAGUGUACCAAGUCCCUCCUUUCCUCGAGUUUUCCAUACCUCCGUCCCAUACAGAACCAAUUCAUUCGCAAUUGCUCGCAGGAUCUUCGUCUCUCUCUCUAAUGUGUGGUCGUUGAUUUCUGAGGGCUUGACCCUAUUGAAUCCUGGAAGCAAUAACUUGACUCUCCAGCCAUCGGCAAAGAAAGCAACUUCAAGAUCCUGAUUGACCACCAAAAUGAAGUCGUCCACACCCACGGAUAUUGUCAAGCUCCCUCUCCUAUUCAAACAUAUUGGCCAUACUUUGUCCAUCGACGCAGAUCUUGUUCCUCAGGUCAGAUGGCAGAGGGACGUGUUCCUACACGCGCUCUCCCAUCCCACCCAACCAGAUGUGGCCGAACCAUCCUCAGCGGAAGAGCUUAUUCUUAGAUUUCUCGGCUUCCUGGUUGAGAAUAAUGCCUCUUCUACAAUUCUACAAUGCUUAUUGAGGACUUUUGAAAAGAACUUUCUCAAGGACAAUGAUGUCCACCUGCUGAUAAGCUCUCUUCCAGUCACCGCCAAUAUUCGCAGGGACCUUUUCUGUGCUUUUUACACCGCCAGGUCCAGAUGUGUUGGAAUCAAGACGCCACCAAGCGCCCUAUUGGAUCUUGCGGAACAAGACCAGGCGAACUUGUUUGCAGUGUUUGGAGGACAAGGUACUAAUAAUCCAAGAUGCGUAGCUUCUUUGGCCACCCUGUACUCCACAUACAAACCAUUCAUUGCACAGCUCAUCGAUGAAGUUGCGUCGCCGUUGCUUUACAAGCUCUGUCGGCUACCCGAGACCGAAGAUCACUACUGCGGACGCUAUAUUGAACUUAGUACCUGGCUGCAGAACCCUUCGAAGAUCCCUAAUACCGACUUCAUCUCUCAAGCUCCGGUCAGCUUCCCUAUCAUUGGCUUACUGAGCUUGGCACAAUAUUCGGCGACUUGUCAGGUGUUAGGCCUGACCCCUGGGGAGCUCAGAGCCCAUAUACGUGGCACAACUGGACAUUCUCAAGGUCUUGUCAUUGCGGCAGCGAUCUCGUUGGCAGAGUCAUGGGAAUCCUUCUACGACAUUUCGAGGCAAGCAAUCGAACUCUUGUUUUGGCUAGGCUUCUACUGCCAUCAAGCCAGGCCCGCCUCGUCUGUUUCGGCUGCUCUCGUGAAAGAGUGUCUUGAAAAUGGUGAGGGUCAGCCAUCAUCGAUGCUGAGUGUGCGAGGCUUAGAUCGACUCCGUGUCGAGGCACUCCUUGCAAAGUUCAACAAGAAUUUGAAAUCAGAAGAUCAACUACUCCUGGCACUCGAGAACGCCCGCGAUAACUUUGUCCUAGCAGGGCCUGUCACUUCCCUGGUUCAUAUGAACUCAUACUUCCGCUCUUUAAAAGCAAAGGAUGGACUCGAUCAGAGUCGCGUCCCGUUCAGCAGCCGGAAGCCUGUAAUUCAUCAUCAGUUUCUACCCAUCAGCGCCCCGUUCCAUACGAGCUAUUUAUCGACUGCAGCCGAGAAAGUCAAGCUACGUCUCCGCAAUAUGUUAAUGACCAAGACUUGUUUGGCAAUCCCUGUUUAUCAUAGCAAGACAGCCGAUGACCUCAGAGACAGCAGCACUGACAACCUCGUCGAUGUUCUAGUGGAUGCUAUUGCAUGUGAACAAUGUCAAUGGCCUGCUGCCUUGAAACUGCCUCAAGCAACUCACAUCUUGGCGUUUGACGUUGGCAUCGGUGAUCUUGUGAUGAAAGUGAAAGAAGGCGAAGGUGUCCGCAUCAUCGAUGUUACCAAUCUCGAUGUCCGGGCCGAAGCUGCCACUGCUGCUGAUUUCUACUCCUCAAUUCUACUGACCUCAGCGGCACCGAUUGAGUCUUGGGGCAAGCAAUUCCAGCCACGCCUUGCGCGCUCUAGCAACGGUGACUGGGUUAUGCAGACGAAAUUGAGUCAACUGCUGAGCUGCCCGCCCGUGAUGGUUGCUGGUAUGACACCCACAACAACCCAUUGGGACUUCGUCUCCUCCAUCAUGAAAGCUGGUUACCACAUCGAGUUAGCUGCAGGUGGUUUCUACAAUGCUGAAGCCAUGUCUUCGGCGAUUGAGAAGCUUGUGGAAAGCCUCCCAGCCGGACGAGGUGUCACUUGCAAUGUCAUCUAUGCAAGCCCGCACACUUUGAGCUGGCAGAUCGCUACGCUACGCAUGCUGUCUAGGAAGGGACUACCUAUUCAUGGUCUCACAAUUGGAGCUGGCAUUCCUUCUGCUGAUAUCGUGGCCGAAUACAUCAACACGCUCGGAAUCAAACACAUCUCCUUUAAACCUGGUUCUUCGUCAGCCAUCAGAGAUGUAAUCGACAUUGCCAAGGCUCAUCCGAACUUUCCAAUCAUCCUUCAAUGGACUGGAGGCCGAGGAGGUGGACAUCAUUCGUAUGAAGACUUUCACGCACCUAUUCUCAAUCUAUACGGUGCCAUCCGGAGACAAAGUAACAUCAUUCUCGUUGCCGGAAGUGGCUUCGGUGGCGCCGAGGACACUUAUCCCUACCUGACAGGUGCUUGGGCUUCUCGGUUCGGCUACGUUUUUAUGCCCUUUGAUGGCGUUUUGUUGGGCAGCCGUAUGAUGGUCGCUCAAGAGGCGUACACGUCCUUGGAAAGCAAACUUCUCAUUUGUCAGGCUUCAGGCGUCCCUGAUUCGGACUGGGAAAAAAGCUACAGAGCUGCAACCGGCGGCAUUGUCACGGUUCAGUCAGAAAUGGGGCAACCAAUUCAUAAGAUCGCAAAUCGUGGAGUUCUUUUCUGGGCUGAGAUGGACAGAAAGAUUUUCAACCUUCCCCGAAAAGAGCGCCUUCCAAAGUUGCUCAAGAGCAAAGACACCAUUAUCCAGAGGCUUAACGCUGACUUUGCUAAGCCUUGGUUCGGAAGGACGUCGGCUGGCAAAGUAGCCGAGGUAGCAGAGAUGACCUACACGGAAGUCCUAGAGCGUAUGGUCAGCUUGAUGUACGUAUCUCAUCAGAAACGGUGGAUCGACCCUUCGUACGCCACUUUCGUCUACGAUUUCACUUGCCGCGCCUUGCAAAGACUGCCACAUGAUGAUCGGAUCGAGCUAUCACCGGCCGUUCUGGACGAUCCACGCACAUUCCUGGCCAAUUUCGCAAGCUCCUGUCCGGAGGCUUCAACGACGAUUUUGAAUCCAGAGGAUUCGGCCUUCUUCCUUCUCAGAUCGAGAUCGCGUGGCCAAAAACCUGUCAACUUUAUCCCUGUCCUUGAUGAUAACUUCGAGUACUAUUUCAAAAAGGAUUCCCUGUGGCAGUCUGAGGAUAUCGAUGCCGUCGUUGACCGUGAUGCAGGGAGAGUUUGCAUCCUCCACGGACCAGUUGCAGCACAGUACUCUCACAGAUGCGACGAAUCAGCACAGGACAUUCUCGAUGGGAUUGCACAUUCCCAUGUCGAGAAAAUCUUGGGCGAACAGUAUGGCAGGCCCAUUACACCACUCUCCGACGAUGAAAGCUUGGUGCAAAGCGGCAGCGGGACUCCAGAUUCCUGGGCGCUGGCUUCGCCAACCUCGAGCGCACCGACAACAAUGGAGACGCCAUUUGUGUGCAAGAGUCCCGGUUCUCAGACCCAGUUGUUCUCCGCGAACAGAAUAGCCAACCAGUUCCCAUCCUCUUUUCUUGCCGGGAGAUGCAGCAACUCCUCCACUCUUCUUCGUGCUUUGUUUGGCUCGGAUCACAUCAUUCGGGACGGCUCUUAUAAAGUCAGUCCCCUUCGGCGUAUCCUGGAACCCCGGUCUGGAGCUUCACUGUCUAUCGAUAGAGAGGCCGGUAAGGUGCUUCUUGAAAAGGAUAACGGCCUCGGACCUGAGAUUCUCGCAGAGAUCUCAUGCAAAGACAACAUGACUUUGGCAGUGGAGCUUCGACAGCCAAGUUCAUACAGAGAUGAUUAUAUUGCCUUGCCAUUUGAGUUCGAGUUACAGACUGACAAGAGCCCUUGGACAUUCAGCGAGGUCAUGCAGGGUCGCAACCUCAAUAUCAAGUCAUUCUAUAGCAAGCUAUGGUUCGAUCAGGAGCUUGACCCCGGCGCAACUGUCCACAGCACCUUCUCAGGGAAAGAGAUGGUGCUUACCUACGACAUGUAUCAGAAUUUCCUUUCUACUGUUGGACAAUCAUAUUCGAAUGGGCCUGUGGUAUGUGGCGACUCAGCAGUGUUCCCCAUCGGUUUUGGUAUCGUUGUCGUGUGGGAUGUCAUCACCAAGCCUUUGGUCUUGCGAGACAUUGACGGUGAUUUGCUUUGCUUGGUACACCAGUCCAAUUCAUUCGAGUACACCAAAGGCGCGUCGGCGCUCAGGAUUGGUGACCUUGUCUCGGCCACCUCAAGAGUGAGAGAAAUCUACAUCGAAGAGGCAGGAAAAUAUGUCGUCGUCGAAGCAGAGGUGAUGCGCGACGGGAAAUCAGUGAUGACUGUUCGAUCGACGUUCUUGUUCAAGGGCAAGUUCAAUGACUUCUCUUCAACCUUCAAACACAAACAAGAACAGGACAUGAUGAUCGAAAUCUCAUCUCGACAGGAUGCAGCUAUUCUCCACGACCGAGAGUGGUUUCAGCCUCAUGACUCGACCACUUCACUCGUCGGUACCACGUUACUGUUCCAGCUGCAAUCAAAUGUCACUUGGAAGAAGCGAAACGUCUUCAAGAGCAUGUCAGUGUCUGGCACCGUCCUUGCUCGGAAGUCUGACACCGAGUUCGAAGAAAUCGGCAAGGUCGACUUCUACGACAGUGAUUGUGUGGGCAAUCCAGUCAUGGACUUCCUGGAGCGCAAGGCGUCAUCGACCACGGUACAGAGCGACCUUCGACACCCUGGCUGGUCGGAUGACGGCACGGUCGAGGUACAAAUCCCCAGCAGCAAUGAGAGGUACGCGAGAGUUUCCAAGGAUUACAACCCUAUCCACGUGUCACCUCUGUUUGCAGACUGGGCCGAGUUGCCCGGUACCAUCACCCACGGAAUGUAUACUUCGGCAGUCGCAGCAAGUGCUCUAGAACAUUUGGCCGCUGAUGGUGACCUGCGGCGGCUGUACCGAUGGUCGGCAACAUUCACGGGCAUGGUUCUCCCUGAAGACAAGCUCAAUGUCCGUUUGCAGCACGUGGGAAUGAUUGAAGGCAGAAUGCGGGUGAAAGUAUCCGCGUACAACGAGGACACUGAUGAAACUGUGCUCGAGGCGGAGGCAGAAGUCGCACAGGCUUCGACAGCAUACGUCUUCACUGGCCAAGGCAGCCAGUCCAAAGGCAUGGGCAUGGAUCUUUACAACAGCAGCCCUGUUGCCAAAGCUGUCUGGGACGACGUGGACGGAUAUCUCUCCGAGACUUAUGGCUGGUCAAUUCUGGAUAUAGUUCGCAACAACCCCAAGUCGUUGACCGUGCACUUUGGCGGCAAAAGAGGUCGGAAGAUCCGCGAAAACUACAUGGCCAUGCAAAUCGAGACACCACUUCCCGAUGGGUCGAGCAUCAGCCGACCCGUUUUGCCCGGCUUGACAUCAACCACAAGAUCAUAUGUCUUCUCCGAGCCUCGCGGCUUGCUCUUCUCGACCCAGUUUGCUCAGCCUGCGAUCCUCAUCUUGCAAAAGGCCACGUUCGAGGACAUGCGGGCCAACGGUCUCAUUCAAGAUGACGCCACGUUUGCAGGGCAUUCUCUUGGAGAGUAUGGCUCCCUGUCAGCAUUCUCGGGCUUUUUGUCUAUUCACGACCUUAUGGAUGUGGUGUUUUACCGCGGACUGAGCAUGCAAGUUUCCAUGGACCGAAACGAACAUGGCCAGACUGGUUAUUCGAUGGCGGCGGCCAAUCCCAAACGAGUUGGUAAAGGAUUCAAUGAAAAGGGCCUCAACGUGGUCGUUGGCUUGAUCGCCGGCGAGAGUCUGGCACUUCUCGAGAUUGUGAAUUACAACGUUGAAGGCGAGCAGUAUGUUUGUGCAGGCACGAUGGAGAAUCUUCAUACGCUAUCUAUGGUUUUGAACCAUCUCUCCAGAAGUCCCGAGGCUGGACACCUGGUGGCCGAAGCCAUCAGACCGGUAGACCUGCUCAACAGUGAGCUCCGGGCGUACAUCGCCAAAUGUGUCGAAGCCACCAAGAAACUCCCCAAGCCGAUCGAAUUGGAACGAGGCACCGCCACCAUCCCGCUCAAGGGCAUCGACGUGCCUUUCCACUCUUCCCUCUUGAGAGGUGGUGUCCAUUCCUACCGCAAAUUUCUGCAGAAGCGUAUUGUGGAAAGCAACAUCCGACCCGACAAAUUGGUGGGCAAGUGGGUACCUAACGUCAUGGCCGAGAGAUUCUCACUGGAUCAGUCGUACAUUGAGGAAGCAUAUAGACUGACACAGAGUCCUGAGCUGAAGGAGGUAUUGGAGCAGGGCUUACAUCUUUGAGAUUGGAUACUUUGUUGUUGGUUACAGGGCCGGGGACGGGGUAUUGGUUUGACGAAGACAUGGGUUUUCCUACCCUGGAUUUUUUUCGAGAUUUUUUUGUUACAUGAGUGCAUGUUGUGUUAUCCCAUAGGCGUUGAUGAUGCACUUUUAUGUUAUGAUUUGGUUUGAUUUGACGGUUGAUUGGACUUCAUGAGUUGAUAUUCAAAGGUAUAAAUUUGGAACUUAGUGCUAUAUCAUAUAUCGUGUUAUCACAAG